UUCCAAUCGCAUGUGCUUCUCCCCUCUGCGAACAAUGCUGACAACGUUCAGCAACAAAAAUUCUGUGAAAUCGUUAUUUACAUCUAGAAAAAGUUUAUAAUUUGUAAUCCAAAACAAUGAUGCUCGGCGGAACAACGCUCAUUUUGGACGACACGCAUUCAAUCGAGGAAAACAUCCACUACUGUUACGUGUGCAAUACCGCUAUAUCUAACUCGACGAACAGCCUGUGCCAACUAUUUCCGAUCCUAAGCGAAGAAGAUGAAACGGUUAGCCCGGCCACAAUUCUUGCCAACAUCCUGCAGUUCGAUAUCACACCGGAACUAUCUCACUCUCCGGCAAUUUGUGUGGAGUGCAAUUCACUUUGCAAUGAGUACCAGAAUUUGUUGGACCGGUUGGAUUCGAUUAAGCUGCAGCUGACGGUCAGUUACAACAGCACCGUGACUAAAUUGGCCGCAUGUCUGACGGCGAGGGAGUUGGUUGAGGCUGAAGCGGAAGCUUUAGAUGAUUCAAGUGUAUCUCAGGACCUGAGGUUGCAUACCACGGAUUCGGACCUGAUUGGUAUCCCACUUGAAGAUUUAACUGCAGUGGUUUCGGUUACCUCGAAAGCAGACCUAGAACCGGACAUGAAAAUAGCGCCCGAUUCGAUUAUUCAAGAAAUGCCCAAACUGCAUUUGAUUCCUCAGACAAUUGCAACCGAAACGUGCUCCCCCUCCAAAAACUCCCGUUCCAUUAUAAAAGUACUCCAGCAACCCACCACCACUAGCAGUACUAUAACGUCCGGUACAGAGAACCAGGAGGUAAACAUCUGCGAAGUUCCGUCAGCCGCAAUUUCGAUGGAACAAUUUUUCGACGGUGCUGACGGGAAUAUGGUUGAAAUAAUAACCGAUGGGAAUUCUACUGAUUACAUUUACGAUAAUGUAAUCGAAACCAUUGCCAACUCGGAUGACGACGAUCCGGGUGGAACAAGUACAGCAAUGUUGGCGCUCGAUGCUACACCGGAGCUAACGGAGCAAACGUUUGCAUCGGGUGAAGACUCGGACAGCGCCCAGAUACUGAUAGCAGCGGCAAACGACAGUUUAAAAACGAUGAGGAAGAGAUUGGAAUCGCUCUUUUUCAAAACCAAAAACAACUUCUACUGCGCCCUGUGCCGAGCUAGUGACGGUCCGGUUACGGCGCACAACGUAAAGACCAUUACCCUCCAUCUGAAAACGGAACACAACGAGAAGAUUCAUAUCUGUGAGCACUGUGAUGCCGUCUUCCGAAGGCGAACCGAGUACAACGAACACCUCGAUCAGCAUGUCGCCUCCGAGCUGACCGAUUACCGAUGCGACGUGUGUUCGACCAAAUUCAGCAACAUUCGAGCACUGCGGUUGCAUCGUAAGAAUCAUCAGGGUACGCCUAAAGUGUGGGCCUGCGAGGUGUGUCAUAAAAAGUACAGUUCGAAGAACCUGUUAGACGAACACAUGAACAUGCACUCCGGGAAACGACCGUUCAAAUGUGAGCACUGUCCCAAGGACUUUGCAUCCAAGUACACCCUAGCAGCUCACAUGAAAAUCCAUCAGGAUCGGGAAAGGGUCUUCAAUUGUAAAGAAUGUGGCAAAGGAUUCUACAGCCAGAGCAACCUUUUACAGCAUGAAAAAAUUCAUGCCGGAAUUCGAGACUACGUCUGUCCGGAUUGUGACAAAUCGUUCAUGUCACAGCAUAAUCUAGAUAUUCAUAGAAUUGUACAUUUGAACUAUAAGCCGUUUAUAUGUCGAACUUGUGGCAAAGGUUUUGCCAGAAAAGCCGAAAUUAAGGAUCAUGAGAGAACUCACACGGGCGAACGACCAUUUGUUUGCGAUAUCUGCGAUGCAAGUUUCUCUCAGCGAUCGAAUCUGCAGUCGCAUAAGCGGGCCACUCAUUUCAACGAUCUUCGGUACAAAUGUGACAUGUGUGGACGCUGCUUCAAACGCCGAAGACUGUUGGAUUAUCACAUUAAAGCUUGUCACACCGGAGAACGACCGUAUAAAUGUGAUGUUUGUGCAGCAACCUUUGUUUAUCCGGAACACUUUAAGAAGCACCAAAAAAUUCACACCGGAUCGAAACCAUUCGCUUGUGAGGUUUGCAACAAGACAUUCAACAGCAGGGACAACCGCAAUGCACACCGGUUUGUGCAUAGCGAUAAAAAGCCAUACGAAUGUGUUACCUGCGGGGCUGGCUAUAUGCGAAAACCACAGCUCUAUACGCAUAUGCAGCAGCGCAGCCAUUUGAACGAUACCAUCGUGGUCAAUCAGCCGAGGAUCACCAGCGAAGAUUUAUUGGAGUUUGAUACCACCACCGAUUCGAUUGGAGAUCCAGUCGAGUUAGAUGGAAAGGACAGUAUCAUAUUCGAGGAGAUGGACGAAGGAGGAGAUAUAGAUGAGUACUAUAUCGAGGAGGAGGAAAUAGAAGGGGUAGACGAACAGGGAGUCUUGAUGGCAAGCAAUGGUCAGGCACAGAUGCAUUUGCAAAAUGCCGUGGAGCUUACCGAUUCAACGGCACUGCUCGCGUCUAGCGGAGGCUUUAUCGAUGAUUCCGAUAUAAUCAGUGAAGACGAUGGAAUGCAGCUAGUUAAGCUCAAUAUCACAAGCUCUAGUGGGAAAAAUAGCAUUACCUGGGUAAACUUGGUAUCUGAAUAAUCUAUAAAUCUCUAUUUUUAAUUAUGCAAAUUUUUUCCAAAGACCUAAAGUAUUGUAAAUCUUUUUUGA